UGCACGUUUCCAAGAGCCAAUCCGUCCAGAAAAUGAAUUAACAACCACAAUUCAGAUUACCUGUCCUACAGGUUAAAAGGAAUCUAUUUCCAAGUGGCUCGUCUCCCCUCCCCCUCCCAGCUGCCAAACGCGCUCUAAUAUCUCUCUCCCCUUCUGUUGAUUAGGGUUUUUGCAAUUUUUUUUUCCUCCUUCCUCAAAAUCUCCAAUCCAAUAGAAAAUUAAUCCAGAGUUAUUGUGAUGCAAAUAAUUGCGAUUUCUAAUCGUUUCCAAUGUUGAGCUCUUGUUGCUCUCAAUCUCUGUUCCAGCGAGGCCCGAUUCUCAUCCCAUCCUUUUCCAGACUCAGGGUUGUUGACAGACCAGGGAAUUCUCCUCUUUUGACCAGGAAUGCUCAGAUCUUUGAAUCCCAUUCCAAGUUCUCCAAGAAUAAAUGGAAAAUUUCAUGUUUUAGACAUGAGGAUUUUUCUCCUGUAAAUCCCAAAUCUGAUGGUGUUGAACACGGCCUGCCUGAGAAACUGGUGAAGGAGCCUGAACUCGAUAAUUCUACUGAUGUUAAAAGGGAUUGGAUAUCAAGUCUUCGAGAGGCUGCAGAUUUUGUGUUUAGGGCAAUUGGGAGGCGAUGGACUGUACCCUGGAAAGCAGAGACCAUAAUGCAAGUGAUGCUUCUCUGGGUUGUUUCAUUCUGGUUUAUAGGGUCCUGGGUGAUUCCUUUUGCAGCCCACAUGGCAGGUUUCAGCAAGGAAUCUCUGACAUUUAGAGGACAAGCCUUGUUCAGCCUUGUGACUGAUGUAACUGAGGGACUUGCUGGAAUUGCAAUCCUCCAUCAUUGCUUGUCUCAAUUUCGUCCCCUUCCAUCUGAUUGGUUCAGGUUUAGCCUGAAAGGUAACUGGCUAUUUGAUGUUGCUCUUGGAUGCUUCAUGUUUCCCUUGGUCAACCGGCUUUCACAGUUCAACCUUAGCCUAUUGCCUAUUCUACCUUCUACGCCUGUUACAAUGUCAAGUGUUGAGCAGUCAAUUGCAGCAAGGGAUCCAGUGGCAAUGGUGCUGUAUGCGAUAGUAGUUUCAGUGUGUGCCCCUGUGUGGGAGGAGAUAGUCUUUCGGGGUUUCCUUCUUCCUUCCUUAACCAGGUACAUGCCUGUGUGGUGUGCAAUCCUUGUGAGUUCAGUUGCCUUUGCUCUAGCGCAUUUCAAUGUACAGAGGAUGCUCCCACUUAUUUUUCUUGGGGUGGUCAUGGGUGUUAUUUUUACAAGAUCAAGGAAUUUAAUGCCAUCUAUGCUUUUGCAUAGCCUCUGGAAUGGCUUUGUGUUCUUAGAUUUAAUGAGAUAAAGCCUUGCACUUCACAUAUAGAUCCAGAAUCAGUUGAUCAUAUCACUCAAGAGUUUAUUUGGGGCUAAUCUUGUGGGCUAUGCUCUUUUCAAGGAUGUUGAACUUUAGGCCCCUGAUAAGGAUUGCUGCUUUGGCAAUGUUGAUUGACACUCAUCUCCAGAAUGCUUUGUAGGUCCAGCAAACAAAAAGCAAGUAGUAUUGACAGAGAUUGACAGGCCAUUCUAUAAUUUGUUCAUUUAUAGAACUAGUCCAGAACAUCUUUGAUGUCUGUAAUUAUACCAGGGACAAAGGGGAAAAAAGAUAACUCUUUGGCCCGCAGAGAUCUUGCCUCUCAACGUUGUAAACCUCUCAAUUCAGUAAAGGAGCACUCUAUUUUUCCUGUAA